UACCAGAAAUGUGUUGACCGUCCUCUGCUGGGGUUUGUUGUGUGAGCUAAAUAUUUCGCGCAGUUUAACAGUAUGGAGUGGUAAUAACAACUUCGAGAAAGGUCCAGAGAACCUGCCGGGGCUCGGUUACAUAUCCGCCCGCAGUAAUGUCAGCGAACCGCACCGUGUACUUUGUGUUUUCUCGGCUUCAAUGCAUCUUCAACACCCGGACUGCUCACACCACCGCAGGCGGCUGCAGAGUGAUUUCUGGUUCUAGGCUGUUGCUCCAGCACUCGCUGCCUGGUUCCGCGGCUUGCUGCAGAAAUGUUUCCUCUAAUAGGGUCCCCCCCAAGGCUCCGGACACCUCGCUGUUUGUCCCCGUCUCGCUGAAGACAGACGACCCGGCUGAUGGGACCGUGGGAGCAGAACUGACGCAACCGCUGGACAAAAAUGAGCUGCUGAAAGUCUUGAACAAGUUUUACAAAAGAAAAGAGAUGCAAAAGUUGGCAGCAGACCACGGCCUGGAUGCUCGUCUGUUCCACCAAGCCUUCAUCAGCUUCAGGAAGUACGUUCUGGAGAUGACGGCCCUCCCUGCUGAUCUGCACAUCAUCCUCAGCGACAUCUGCUGCAACGCAGGUCACAUCGAUGACAUCUACCCAUACUUUAUGCGUCAUGCCAAACAAAUCUUCCCCAUGCUGGACUGCAUGGAUGACCUGAGAAAGAUAUCCGACCUCAGAGUCCCAGCAAACUGGUACCCUGAGGCCCGAGCCAUCCAGAGGAAGGUGGUCUUUCACUCUGGACCCACUAACAGCGGGAAAACCUACCAUGCCAUCCAGCGCUACCUGGCGGCUAAGUCUGGGGUCUACUGUGGUCCCCUGAAACUUCUCGCCCACGAAAUCUUUGAGAAGAGCAACGGCGCUGGUGUACCGUGUGACCUGGUUACCGGGGAGGAGCGGACCUUCGUAGACCCAGAGGGCCGAGCAGCUGGACACGUGGCGUGCACCAUCGAGAUGUGCAGCGUCAACACACCCUAUGAGGUGGCUGUAAUCGAUGAAAUUCAGAUGAUCAGAGAUCCCUCCAGAGGCUGGGCGUGGACCAGAGCUCUACUCGGUUUGUGUGCCGAGGAGAUCCACGUGUGUGGAGAAGCAGCAGCUGUGGACUUCAUCCGGGAGUUGAUGUAUACCACCGGAGAGGAGGUGGAGGUCCACACCUACAAACGCCUGACUCCGUUCUCAGUCCUGGAUCACGCUGUGGAGACGUUGGACAACCUGAGACCAGGAGACUGUAUCGUGUGCUUCAGUAAAAACGACAUCUACUCUUUAAACCGACAGAUCGAGGCCAGAGGGCAGGAAUGUGCCGUAAUUUAUGGUAGUUUACCUCCAGGCACUAAACUGUCGCAGGCCAAGAAGUUCAAUGACCCUGACGACCCCUGUAAGAUCCUGGUUGCUACAGAUGCUAUCGGCAUGGGCCUCAACCUGAGUAUAAGACGUAUCAUCUUUAACUCCCUGGUGAAGCCCAACAUUAAUGAGAAAGGAGAGAAGCAGAUGGAGACCAUCAGCACAUCGCAGGCGCUGCAGAUUGCAGGUCGAGCAGGGAGAUUUUCCUCCGUAUUUAAAGAGGGAGAGGUCACGACCAUGCACCGAGACGACCUGCCUGUCCUGAAGGAAAUCCUCAGCCAUUCUGUUGAUCCCAUAGAGACUGCAGGUCUCCAUCCCACUGCAGAGCAGAUAGAAAUGUUUGCCUAUCAGCUCCCUGAUGCUACACUCUCCAACCUUGUAGACAUAUUCGUCAGCCUCUCUCAGGUGGACGGUCUGUAUUUUGUUUGCAACAUCGACGACUUCAAGUUUCUGGCUGACAUGAUUCAACAUAUUCCACUCAACCUGAGGUCGCGCUACGUCUUCUGCACUGCACCCAUUAAUAAAAAGCAGCCUUUUGUCUGCACGUCCUUCUUAAAGUUUGCGCGUCAGUUUAGUCGAGACGAGCCUUUGACGUUUGACUGGGUCUGCCGCCACAUCGGCUGGCCUCUGGCUGCACCCAGAAACAUCAAGGACCUGGUCCACCUAGAAGCUGUGCAUGACGUUCUGGAUCUGUACCUCUGGUUAAGCUACCGUUUCAUGGAUAUGUUUCCAGAUACGGCCGCCAUCCGGGGAAUCCAGCAGGAACUGGACAACAUCAUCCAGCAGGGCGUCCGAAACAUCACCCGUCUGAUCCGAGCCAGUGACCCGAACCUCAGCGACCCGCCGGAGCAAAACGCUGCAGCUGCUGCCGGCAGCAGAAGCAGAAGCAGAGGUCAGAGAAGCUCGGCAGGGACGAUGGAGAAAUCUCUGGCGAGCCGCCUGGUGAAAGACGGACUGUUGACUCCUGAUCUGCUCAAACAGCUGCAGAGGGAGUGGUCGAAGAGCCUGAGGCAGGAAGGCGGGGGUCAAAGUUUACUCGGCGAAGAGCUUAAUAACAAGAGCAUCAAAGGGAAAAGAAAGAACAAGAAAUAAAAGACUCAGAACUGUUAAAAGUUAGCGGUUGCUAAUCAUGAAUUACCGCUAAUGGAGAUGAAAAUAUGGCAGUUCCAAGUUUUUUUCCAAGAAAAAUACCUGCAAAACCAGACUUCAUUCCCAGAUUCAUUUGUUCUUUAUUUCCUUCUUUCUUUCCGUACUUUAUUUUCUUCUAUCUGUCUUUGAUAGAACUUUUCGUUCAUUUCCGUCUUUCCUUUCAUGUCGUCCUUUCAUUUUGUUUCUUUGUGUCAUUUGGACUUACACUGCAGAAACAUACUAGAUGAAGUAUUUUGGUCUAGUUUCCAGUCCAAAUAUCUCAGUAGACUUGAAAAAAGACAAAACUAACUUACAAGUGACUUUU